AUGGAGGAGUCAGCGGGCGGCCGCGGCUCUCUUCUCCGGGAGAAGUACACGUCUCGGAGAGCGGAGAGCAGACGGGAUAUCAUGGCAGCUACUUUGUCGGCAGAGGAGGAACAGGCCACCAGGCAGUUUCUGGAGGAAAUCAACAAGUGGACCAGUCAGCAUGGAGUUUCGCCGCUGACCAGGGAGUUGGCGGUCAAGUUCCUCAUGGCUCGAAAGUUUGACGUCCUGCGCGCCAUCGAGCUCUUCCACAGCUACAGGGAAACGCGUCUUAAAGAAGGAAUUGUCCGACUCCAGCCUCAGGAGGAGCCCCUGCGCUCGGAGCUGCUCAGCGGGAAGUUCACAGUGCUGAGUGCACGGGAUCCUUCGGGAGCCUCCAUCGCCCUGUACACAGCCAAACUUCACCACCCCAACAAAACAGGAAACCACGUGGUUCUUCAGGCCCUCUUCUACCUCCUCGACCGAGCAGUUGAAAGCUUUGAGACGCAGAGGAAUGGCCUGGUGUUCAUUUACGACAUGGCGGGCUCCAACUACACAAACUUUGAGCUGGACCUGAGCAAAAAGAUCCUCAACUUGCUCAAGGGGGCGUUCCCUGCCAGGCUGAAGAAAGUGUUGAUCGUCGGGGCCCCCGUUUGGUUCCGGGUGCCCUACAAUCUGCUCAGCCUGCUUCUGAAAGAGAAACUUAGAGAGAGGGUUCAGAUGGUGAAAAUGGCCGAGCUGCGUCAGCACCUGCCCCGGGACUGCCUCCCCCAGCACCUCGGCGGCCUGCUGCCCCUGGACGCCUUCAGCUGGAACCAGCAGCUGCUGGCCGGCCAGAACGGCCGCGUGGACCCCGUGGACGAGCUGGUGGGAAUCCCCCUGGAGGACUCGUCCGUCCACGUCCCCGGGCCCGAGGCCAUGCGGCCCCAGGAGCUGCUGGCGCACCUGGGCCGCCUGCAGCGCACGGGCGUCCAUCAGGAGUACGAGGAGCUGCGCCGAGAGGCGCCGCCCGGAACCUUCCACUGCGCACAGGGAGGACAGUGGACAAAAUUAAGUGAGGUUGGCUCCAUCUCUCAGAAAUACUUAAUUGAUCCCCAAGUUGCUAUUAGGUCGUGUCCAUUGGAGAAGACCUACGGGGAUUUCUGGAGGAUGGCCUGGGAGCAAAACGUCCUCGUCAUCGUCAUGACCACCAGGACGGACGAAGGCAGCCGGAGGAAGUGUGGACAGUACUGGCCCCUGGAGGAGGGCGGGCAGGAAGUCUACGGCCACAUUGCGGUGGUGAACCAAAGGGUGGACCAUCACACCCACUACAACCACACCACCCUUGAGCUCCACAACACUGAGACAUGUGAGCAGAGACACGUGAGUCAUUUCCAGUACCUCAGUUGGCCCGACUACGGGGUCCCCACCUCGGCCGUCACCCUCAUCGACUUCCUGGGGGCCGUGAAGAAGCAGCAGAGGAAGAUGGUGAAGGCUUUGGGCCUUCAGUGGACCGGCCACCCCCUGGGACCCCCGAUGGUGGUCCACUGCAGCGCAGGCAUCGGCCGAACGGGUACCUUCUGCGCCCUGGACAUCUGCCUGUCCCAGCUCCAGGACGUGGGCUCGCUCAACGUGUGUCAGACGGUCAGACGCAUGAGGACUCAGAGGGCCUUCAGCAUCCAAACCCCGGACCAGUACUACUUCUGCUACAACGCCAUUUUGGAGCACGCCCAAAGACAGGGCCUGCUACCGUCCAAUCAGUGAGCUUCGACCCCCGAUGACCCCCCCCUCAGUCGCCAAUCCUCGGACCCACGUAGUUCAGCCGGUUAGUUCAAGAACGCCACUCAUUUCCUCAACGGAGCAGAGUUUUGAGACGCAGACUGAGACGACGCUGUGACGAUUUAAAGGAGAAAAAAAAAGCAACAAAAAAAGCAGCUUGAUUGUUAACGUGAUGUUUUUAAUGUGACUAUAUCAUGGCUGCCAGCAAUGUGACGUUUCCUUUUUUUUUCUUUUUUUUUUUGUCUGAAACCGAACAUAUCUCUGAAAAGCCAACCAGCUCCAGGUAGUCUGGUCGGGCACAGGGAGUCAGCUGAGCAAACGUUAGUCCUUAACUUAUUCCUGUCAAUGAUGGGGACCUUUUUAAAUGGGGGGUAGUUUAAUCCGAAAUAUCACAACAGGUGAUGUAAAGGUAGCCGUCGCAGUCCAGGGAAAACAAAAAACACAAAAGCUUUCCUUCUUUUACCUGCUGCUGUAGCUAAAUUAGGUGUUUCAGGGCCAAAUUAAUUCAACCCGGGAUAAAUUGUUAUUUCAAAACAUACAGUUUCUGAUUUCCACCAUUAGGUAACAAAUAUAUAUUCAUUAUAUUUAUGUAAUAAGUUUUGUUUUGAUUUUUUUAACCUUUUGUGUCCACUCAUUGUUUAUAUUCACCCCUGCAUUUUGAGCAGCUGGUAAAUGUCAGAUAGAUGGUACACGCUAGUUAAGUAGGUAAACAACAGGCUAAAAUUUACUGCCAAACAACAUCUUCAGUGCUCUCAAACUUCAGGUUUUGAGCAAAGGCGCCGAUGUUUCUCUCUGAUCCUGCAGUUAAAGAGGGUUCAAGCACAUCCAAAAGACUCUGACAACUUCUGAGUAGCUGCUACACCUUCUUUUCUUCGCUUUGUUUUUAAUUGCUUCUCCAACUUAACGAAAAAUGAAAAAGUUAGAGAGAAAAAAAGACACCUCUUUUCCCAUACCAGUACAGUAACAAUUGGCCUGUAGAGGGAGAUUGUGUGUGGUCAUUAGCCAUGUGUCUGGGGUCGGGUCAUGUGGCAAAAAACAAAAUGGAAACCUCAGAAAAACACGUCAGAGGAGCUGUUUUGAUGACUGCGAUGUCGGAUUCAUAAAGCAAUCUGAAUUCUGUUUUGUUCUAAAAGGCUGAGAGCCACAUUGAUUUCUGAGGUUCACAGAGGACACCGGACCAUGGAUUUUUGUAUGAAUAAUCAUUACUUUGAAAAAUUCUGACAAACUGCCGACACAUUUACAGUCGGAGUGGCUGCGGUGUUUUACAUUUCACGUGGGAUUAAUAGCAUCAUUUCACGGCGGCUACAGUCUGAAUGGGAACAUUUGUACAGGAAGGAACGAAUCCCAACCUUUCCAAACUCGGCUCUUUGGAUGCUGGUCAACACGGGUCAAGUUAUAAAUCAAUGAGAUAACAUCACU